AUGGCAAAAUCAAAUACAAAACACAGAACUUGUUGUCGAGAAUCUUCAGUAUCUUCUCUUCUAGCAAGCUGCAGCAUGAGUGGUAGUAGUUCGUCUAAUUCCGAUGGCUCUUUCCAGUAUAAGGAUAAACUAUACAGCUCUGCUUCUCAGGCUCUACAGGCCUAUAUUGAUGACUUUGAUCUAAGCCAAGUGUAUCCUGGUGCCAGCACUGGAAAGAUUAACCUUGAGGAGGGUUCUACUAAUGUGUUAAAACUCUCCAAGUAUUUUUAUCAAAACAAUGCUUUUGAAAAUGUUGAUCAUAAGAAGAGCUCAAACUCCUUGUCCUUAUCCUACAGAAAAAAGGCUAUUAAUGACAUAGACUCCAUUAGCCUAACUACUGAUGAUCUGUUAAAGCUUCCAGCAGAUGGAUCAUUACCUUCUUCCACUUACAUGGGACCAGGUCACCGAACUAAUAGGAAAAACAAGAAGUGCUUUGGAAGACUAAGUUCCUCGGACAUUGAAAAGAAUCCAAAUUUUCAAGAGCCCUUCCUUCCCAUGGGCAAGGAUAACUUAGCUACUCCUCCUGUAUGCACAAGUAUAAAUGGGAAGCAAUGUGUUAGACUGAAAAACCCCAAACUUGUGAAUAAGACUAAUAAAUGCAUUUCUGAACCAUCUUUGUCUUUUUGCAAGAUAGCGUCUUCUAAGGACAGUUCAGAACACAAUCUUGAAAAGAAUUAUCCAAGAUGGCUUACUAGCCAGAAAUCCGACCUUAAUGUUUCAGGGAUAACGAGUAUACCUGAUGUCAAAUACCCGGUGUGGCUCCACAAUCAAGACUUGCUGCCUGAUACAAAUAGUCAAAAAACAUAUAAAGUACUUAAAGAAGAUCAGUGUUCCCCUAAGCAUAGUUAUCAGGCACAAAGAACUUCUCGGCUUAUGAAUAAGUUAGACUGUUUUGAGUAUUCUUUUGAACCAUCAAACUUUUCAACUUCCUUGCAUGAUGAUAAAGGAUUAGUUAAUGAGUACAAAUGUGACUUUGAAUGUAGGCAAUGUCAAUAUGAGAAUCCACUUCUCCAAGGACAAUCCAAAAAGCCAUUCAGUGAUGACAAAAUUGAAUUGCUUAUCCUGAAAGCCAAGAGAAGUCUGGAACAUCCUACUGAAGAGUUACCAAGCUCUACGAAGAAUGAUGGAAGUCCUUGUUCGUUGGAUAAACUUGAAGCAGAAAGGUCAUGGGAAAAUAUUCCUAUUCCUUUCAAAUCACCUGUUCCUGUUUACUCUGAUGAUGAUCCUCCCCCUCCACAGACCUCAAAGGAAAAAUGUGCUAAAGAGUUUCUUGAAAACUUUUUAAACAAUGAUAAUCAGAGCUGUACUCUUUCUGGAGGCAAACAUCAUGGUCCUGUUGAAGCCCUGAAACAAAUGUUAUUUAAUCUUCAAGCAGUGCAAGAAAGUUUCAGUCAGAAUAAAACCACAGAGCCAACAGAAGGGACUAAGCAAAUUUCCGAAGAUGAAUUUUCUAAAUUGCAAUUGAAGGAAAGUAUGAUUCCUAUUACUAGGUCACUUCAAAAGGCUUUGCACCAUUUAUCUCGCCUGAGAGACCUGGUUGAUGAUACCAGUGGGAAACAGUCACCGAAAAUAUGA